AUGCUAGUCCGCUCACCCAGCGGCGAGCCCUGGGCGCUGCCACCCAACACUGCAGACAGCACUGCAACCACCGGACCCGUGCUCACGUCCGCCAGCGACGCUCUCGAGCUCCAGCCCACAGCUCCCGCCGCCAAAGCGCACGAGCAAAGCUCACCGGCCGCGGAAGAAUCAAUGGAAGCCCGCCUCGAGCGCAUCGGAAGAGAACGCCCCCCUUCCUUCCCCAGCCUCUUCGCCGAGGUCAUGUUCUGCUUCUCGAUCCUCAUGUCGCAGAUCCUAACCGAGUUCUUCGUCUCGGGCUUCACCGUCAUCGUGCCCACCCUGAUCGCGGCGCUGGACAUACCACAGAACUCGAGUGUCUGGCCGGCCACGGCCUUCUCGCUGGUCAUUGCUAGCACGCUGCUCGUCUUUGGUCGGCUCGGCGACAUGUGGGGAGGCUAUCCCGUCUACAUCUUCGGCCUCGUCUGGUUGACGGCGUGGAGCCUGAUCGCUGGCUUCUCCAUCAAUCCCAUGAUGUUGAUCUUCUGCAGAGCGCUGCAAGGGAUUGGGGCAGCGGCGUUCUUGCCCACGGGCGUCAUGCUCAUUGGCACCGUGUACAGGCCAGGGCCACGGAAGAAUAUCGUCUUUGCCCUGUAUGGAGCAUGUGCCAUCAUUGGCUUCUUUCUUGGUAUUUUUGUCGCCGGUGCGGUGGGUCAGUAUCUGCGUUGGGGCUGGUACUUCUGGAUCGGUACCAUCCUGUCGGCCCUCACGUUGGUCGCCUCAGUUUACUCGAUCCCAAGUGAUCGCCAGCAGCGGCUCAACAACAAGAUCACUAUGGAUUACUGGGGAGCAUUGACGAUCGUGUGCGGUCUGGUCCUUGUCGUCUUUGCCAUUACCGAGUCAGCACAUGCCAGCAAUGGAUGGCGGACCCCCUAUAUUCCAACACUCUUCGUGGUGGGCUGCCUCCUGCUGAUGGCUGCUGUAUACAUUGAAGGCUGGGUUGCUGAACUGCCCAUUCUUCCCGCGGACAUCUUCGCAGUCAAGGCCAUGACUCCCUUGAUCAUAGCUCUCAUGCUGCUGUAUGGAACUAUGGGGAUAUUCUUGCUGUACGGCACGCAAUACUUCCAAAGCAUCAUGGGAGCCUCGCCGCUCCAGGUUGUUGCUUGGUUCACACCCAUGGCGGUAGGCGGAAUUAUCAUCACCGCAGUUGAAGGCUUCACACUUCACCUCAUACCUGGUCGCAUCUUACUCUGCAUCUCUGGCCUGGGCGCCAUCGGGUCUCAAUUGCUACUGGCCCUCAUCCCACUGGGCGGCAGCUACUGGGCCUGGAUUUUCCCAGCCUGCAUAUGUGGCACCAUUGCCAUUGACAUUUCAUACACAGUCAUGACUGUAUUCAUCACGACGACACUGCCGAGUGCCCGACAGGGCCUCGCCGGCGGCUUGAUCAACUCGGUUCUGCAGUUGGGCAUCGCAGUCUGUCUUGGCCUUACCGACAUCGUUCAGUCAUACACCAUGGAUUCACAAGGGCUACGCCAGAGCUACAAGAACACCUUUUGGUUCGGUGUCGCUGCUGGAGUGGUGAGCUUCAUGCUCAUGGCUAUUUGGGGUGCCGUUCCCAAGGCUACGAGCGAUUUGACCGCUGAUGAAAAGGCGGAGCUUGAACGAGCUGCCAGUCAGGCCCCGGCGUAG